AUGCAUACAUCAAUAAUUUUCCUCGUUCUCGCGGCAACAUGGAGCUCGAUAACGAUCACCUGUGUCAAUGCCAAAGCAAAAGUUACCGUUAAAACGAGUACGGUUACGUUAAGUGACUGCUUCGCUCCGGAUUUACGCAAUAUCCGAGACUAUCACAAAACGCCCCACACCGUGCACAUUUCGCACUGCCACUUGCCGGACUUGCCCAAUUCGAUUUUUAUGGGACUGAAUAAACUAAAAUCGCUUGAAAUUUGCGAAAGUAAGCUGUCACACAUUCAGGAUUACGCACUAAAUGGGCUCACUGAGUUGGAAACGUUGGUAUUGUCGCGCAACAACAUCACCGUGCUGAAGUCAUGGAGUAACCACGACUUGGAAUCGCUUCAUAACCUGGACCUGCGUCGCAAUGCCAUUCACGAGUUGAACGAAAACGCCCUCAAACGCUUUCCGAACCUGACGAAAUUGAAUUUGGCCGUUAAUUCGAUCGCCAAAAUUGAUGAUUCGACGUUUUUGCAUUCGACGCACCUGAAAUACCUGAAUUUGGGGAAGAAUUUGCUGCAAACGAUCACGAAGGAGACGUUCCGGGGCUUGCACAAGUUGACGCACUUGUCGUUGCACUACAACCAGAUCGAUUAUUUGGAUUUUUAUUCGUUUGUGGGAAAUUCGCAUUUGAAGUCGUUGCAGUUGCAGGGCAAUAAAAUUGCGAUUUUUGAGCCGGAUUACGUCGCGAAUCUGCCGAGACUGAAUUUUUUGAACAUAAGUUGCAAUGUGAUCGAGAGUAUUGGAGAAAAUGCCUUCAAAAAGAGUGUGGAACUAAAAGUGCUUGAUAUUAGUCACAAUUUGCUGCAAGAUUUGCCGUUAUCGACUUUUAGUGGCUUGGAAGUGCUUGAAAAUUUAAACAUUAGUCACAAUCACAUCGCAACGAUCAAUCAGUACGUUUUUGAGGAUUUUUUGGAAUUACGACUCUUGGACAUGUCUUCGAAUAAUCUCACCGCACUUCCGGAUAAUGUCUUCGAAUAUGUCUCGCAUUUGCAGUCGCUGAACUUGAGUCACAAUCAAAUCAAUGAAAUCGGCGAAAAUACCUUCCAACACUUGAAACAACUCUCCUCGCUGGAUUUGGCUGACAAUCAACUCGAUCACGACAAUUUUCUGUGGAGCUUUGAGAAAUUGUCGUAUUUGAAUCUCAGUGCAAACAGAUUCAACGAAAUUAAUAUCACGUUGCUCAAUAGUCUCUGCAAGUCUGCGCAACUCUACGAUAAUCCGUGGAAUUGUAAAUUUCUCGUGAAAGAAGUUGCUAGUCACUCGCACAAUGCCAUCCUGCAUUUUGGGAAAAAUUACACGAUAAAUAGCAUGGAGGCCAUUUUGGAGGUGCCCGGAUUGGAAUGUCACGAUGACGAAACGGGAAAAAUUCGGAGCAUUAUUUUGCUCGAUACGAAGGAACAUGAGGAGUUUUUGUCGCAACAAAACAACGAUAGUCAAGUUUUUGCUAAUCAAGGAAAAAUUCUGGAUAUUGCGGAUGGCUUUGAUAUCAAGUCAAUUUUACUCUGGUUGUUCAUUGGAAUUUUUGUCGUCUUUGGUGCCGUAAAAAUUUUAAAAAUGCUUUUGAAUCGGUCGGAACGGAAAAGUGAGGAGUGGCGGACACAACAUCAGGUCGAGCUACUCAGUCACAACGACACCGAAAAAGGAGAAAAAACCGACAACAAUGAAAAUGCCUGAAAAGUUCAAAUUAACGAGUACUUAAAAAUUAAGAAAUUAUUUUAAGUUUUAAUUAAGAGUUGAAAUUGCACAAAAUUUGAAUUUGGACACUAUUUUGU